AAGUUUUACUGUCUUGUUCGGGUUUAUAACGAUAAAUUUGUAAUUAAAUGCGUAAUUCUUUUAGAAAUGUAUUUAAUAUAUAUUUUACUAUUCGUAGCGUAACAUAAACAAAAUGAGAACGCUUGUUUUUAUAAUAAUGAUGGUGCGUGUGGUGAGGUCCCAGACCUGGGACCCGAAUCUAAAUGGCGACGAGGAAACCUACAUGCAGUUCACUGCACACUGGAAGAAAGAGAUCAUUAGUUGGGCGAAGGAAUGCAUAUUUGAAAUCACGACCAAUCUAUAUCAAGUCGAUCAAAUCAACUGGGUAGCCGGAAAUGACUUGCGCCACGCUAUAGGCGUUGUAAUGGGCCGUGCUCUCGAGAUGCACCGCCAGCAGGCCGACAUGUACCGGCGCAUGAAGCGUGUUGUGGAAAACAAGUUCACCUGGCUGCGACCCGAGCUGUCCGGCACCUACCCCCAGCUGGGCCCGGCCGGCCAAAACGUGGUCGUGGAGCCGGGGGUCGGACAUUUCGACCCCCUGGAAUAUAACCGGGAAUGGGCGAUGGGCGGAAAAAGAACUUUCAACGACUAUAAGCCUCACGUGUAUAUUGUGGCCUUGGAAUAUAUUACGAAGAGGGAGAGUGAGAUUGAACAACUUGUCAAGUUGCUAACGUUGUACACGGCAGAAGACGAGGUGGGACGCGUCAACCCGUAUCAUCUGCCGAUCGCCCAGAGCUUUUGGUCUAUGUGGACGGGAUACAGCAAGAAAUACAACAGCCCGUAUCUAGGUAACUGGCGUAGACAACGCCCAAGCCAAGGCCCAGAAGACGCGAGAAGUAACGAAGAAGACAAAAAGCAAGAACAAGAAGAAGCAUUCAAGGAAAAAAUGCGGGAGGAGUAUUAUAAGAAAAAUGGAAAAAAUAAUAAAUAAAUUCGUGUUUUUACCCUAAAA